AUGCCAACCCAGUUGGAUCGAGCGCUGAAUUCCAAGAAUUUGUUCCUCGGAUUUGCGGGAAUGGUCACGGCGGUGGCUGCCUGGUCAAUCUGGGGCAGCGAUGUAUUCCCGGCUGAGCCAGAUCCAACUGGAGAUCCGGAGAAAUGGACAGCGGAUGAAAUGAAACGAUGGCUUCGUGUGAGAGGGCUGUUGCCGGGUGAGAGCGCGACGCGCGAGGAGCUGCUCGAGAGAGUCAAGGCGAAUCUGCGCGUGUCACGCACGGCAAAUCCAUCAACCGCCCAAUAG